UCCUCUUUCGACACUUCAAAAAAAAUGGCAUUUUUGCAACAACGUUUUCUUCUUUCAUGUUUCCUUAUCUUUAGCAGUUCAUUGCUGCACCUGGUUUCGUCUCGAGGCCCAGUUUAUAAGCCUCCGAACGUCGAGCGAUUAACGGAUCGUUUCCAUCCGGCACCCGUGUCUGCAAUGAUGUCGACUUUCUAUGGAUCAUCAAACAUUCAUAUGAAGAACAACGGAUCGUAUGCUGAUAUUAUCCUAGACAAAAACUCAGGUUCUGGAUUGGUUUCAAAGGAUAGAUACCACCAUGGAUUCUUUAGUGCUGCUGUGAAGCUGCCAAUGGGGUAUACUUCAGGAGUAGUAAUAGCCUUUUAUAUGUCGAAUUCGGAUGUGUUUCCACACAACCACGACGAGAUCGAUUUCGAGUUGCUUGGGCAUGAGAAGAGAAAAGAAUGGGUUCUUCAAACAAACAUUUAUGGCAAUGGAAGUGUGAAAACUGGAAGAGAAGAAAAGUUUUACCUUUGGUUUGACCCUACACAAGACUUCCAUCAAUACACCAUUCUUUGGAACAACCAUCACGUAGUGUUUUUAGUAGACAAUAUACCAGUAAGAGAGGUAACACACAACCAAGCCUCGUCAUCUGUAUAUCCAUCGAAGCCAAUGUCCUUAUACACAACUAUCUGGGACGCUUCAGAGUGGGCCACACACGGAGGAAAAUAUCCGGUUAACUACAAUUACGCACCGUUUGUUGCAUCAUUAGGAGAACUGGAAAUGGAGGGUUGUUUGAUGCCGAGAACAAACUCAUCGACCAUGGGUUCGUGCUCGAUGAGUUCGACUCUUUCGAGUUCGGAUCCUAUCGAAGGAGAUGCGUUUACGAAGUUGACGAGACAACAGACUCUUGGUAUGAAUUGGGCUCGAACCAAACAUAUGUUUUACUCGUACUGUAAAGAUACAUCUAGAUAUAAAGUUAUUCCACCGGAAUGUAAUGCUUAGUUAGAGCCAAAUUGUUUGGCCUUUAUGUUUCUUUUCUAUAUUCGUGUAUACAAUUCUUAUAAUGACAAUUAUACCCUUAUUUAUU